AUGCAGUUCCUUUCCUUAUUCACCACAGCUUUGCUGUCGUCGCUCGCUAUUGCAUCUCCCCUAUCCGUCGCCGAUACAGCAAGCAUCGAAGUAGUCCCUAGAGCAUCAGNCCUGCGUUUUGUCUCAUCUAGACAUCUUCAACGAGGAUAUCAAAUUUGGUGUUCCGUUCUGCAAAUUCUAUGUGGCAACCNNCCUCGCAACCAGAGCCCAGUCCCUGGCCUGAACACACAACAAGUAUACGAUGUUUGCCAAUGCAUCAUCGGUGGCCAAUUCCAGCCUGCAGCACGAGUCGGCGCCGAUUAUACACCUAUCUCGACAUUCAAAGUCGCCACUAGAACCAUUGUCCAAUACUCCACGAUCACGGUUGCAAAAUCGACAGUCGCUUUGACUACAGUCCGAUCUGUUCCCAGCCUGACCGCUGGCGUUUCGACGGUUACCGAGAAGCAUACCAUCGUCAGUACAGUGACAGCCAAGGCUUCAAGCGCUGCUGGGUCUACCAAGACAAUUGCCAAGACGACCGUAACUCAGAAAGUCACCAUUGCAAAGACUACGAUCACCGCAAAGGCCUCCGGUGCUAAAACGACCAUCACAGUGAACAACCAAGCUCCUAAACCAACCACGGUGUUCAAAACCAUGACUUUGAGCGCAGUUGGAUCUUCUCAAAAGACUGUCACCAUCGCCAAAACCACUAUCACGGCCAAGGCAUCUGGUGUCGCAGCAGCGUCGAGCGCACCCGUCAAGACCGUGACCAGCGUGAAGACAGUCAACUCUCCUCAGAAGACUAUCACUGUCGCUCAAACUACAGUAACCGUUAGAGCUUCAAGCACUGCCAAAGCAUUGAGCGGAGCUCAGAGUGUAUCUAUCAGAACCGUGACCAGUGUGAAGACGGUUGGCGCUCAGACUGCUACUACGACUACCACUCGCGUGGUCACUGUCAGCCCUUCGUCUUCAGGUUCCAAGUCGGGCUCGAGUUCAGGUACCUCAACCAAAAAGACCGCUGCAGCCUCAAACGCCUCUGCUUCCUCGGACUCAUCCACCCUUGCAUCGACUUGUACUCGUGCUCCCGCCAACACACCUUCUCCCACCGUCACUGUGGCUGACACCGAGUACACACGUUUCUACAGAGGAUGUGGUUACACCGAAGACCAGAACAACCCCGGAAACGCCUACUACUCAGACAACUUCCCUCCCGUCACCACAAACCUGACCGGCACACUUACCGCCGACCAAGCCGUCCAGCAAUGUGCCGAAGACGCCUACUACCGCUACGAAGACCCUAACCAAUACCUCUCCUUCGAUCUGCACUUCAUCAGCACCAGCGGCCAAGGCCUUGCAGGCGAAGGCGCCGGCUUCUGGCAAUGUGUCCAGUACUUCUCUGAGCAGAGCGACAGCGACACUUCCGGCUACUUCGAUGUUGCCAAUUCUGCUGUUUCCAUUGCGUAUGGAUAUUCUUCUGGUCUGUACUCUGAUGCUGCUGCGAAGGCUGCAAAGAGUAAUUCCAAGAGAGCUGUUGUCGACAAGGAGAGUGCUCCAGCACACAGCAGCCACUUCCAUCNNCCUGAUGCGAGAGGGCAAAGGGUCACUUAUGGCUUCAGCAAUUUCACGCGUGCUGGAUAUUAG